AUGGCGCACGAACUGUGGCCUUGGUCUUCGACUUCUUACAGUAGUGGUGCGGUGUCCGCGAUGGCUAGUGCCAAGAUCACGACGACGAUACUUCGUAUCAAGCUAAGUCUUCACCUCAAGUCUCUGGCAGUAUGUUGCUCUGCAGUCCUUGGCUCUGCUGACCAUAUUUCAGUCCCACACCACUCCCACUCUGCCCAGGCCUCAUCCACUCCCACUCUGCCCAGGCCUCAUCCACUCCCACUCUUUCUAGGCCUCAUCCACUCCCACUCUAUCCAGGCCUCAUCCACUUCCACUCUGCCCAGGCCUCAUCCACUCCCACUCUGCCCAGGCCUCAUCCACUCCCACUCUGCCCAGGCCUCAUCCACUCCCACUCUUUCUAGGCCUCAUCCACUCCCACUCUAUCCAGGCCUCAUCCACUCCCACUCUGCCCAGGCCUCAUCCACUCCCACUCUUUCUAGGCCUCAUCCACUCCCACUCUAUCCUGGCCUCAUCCACUCCAACUCUGCCCAGGCCUCAUCCACUCCCACUCUAUCCAGGCCUCAUCCACUCCCACUCUAUCCAGGCCUCAUCCACUCCCACUCUGCCCAGGCCUCAUCCACUCCCACUCUGCCCAGGCCUCAUCCACUCCCACUCUGCCCAGGCCUUAUCCACUCCCACUCUAUCCAGGCCUCAUCCACUCCCACUCUAUCCAGGCCUCAUCCACUCCCACUCUGCCCAGGCCUCAUUCACUCCCACUCUGCCCAGGCCUCAUCCACUCCCACUCUGCCCAGGCCUCAUUCACUCCCCCUCUGCCCAGGCCUCAUCCACUCCCACUCUGCCCAGGCCUCCUCCACUCCCACUCUGCCCAGGCCUCAUUCACUCCCCCUCUGCCCAGGCCUCAUCCACUCCCACUCUGCCCAGGCCUCCUCCACUCCCACUCUGCCCAGGCCUCAUCCACUCCCACUCUGCCCAGGCCUCAUCCACUCCCACUCUGCCGAGGCCUCAUCCACUCCCACUCUGCCCAGGCCUCAUCCACUCCCACUCUGCCCAGGCCUUAUCCACUCCCACUCUAUCCAGGCCUCAUCCACUCCCACUCUAUCCAGGCCUCAUCCACUCCCACUCUGCCCAGGCCUCAUUCACUCCCACUCUGCCCAGGCCUCAUCCACUCCCACUCUGCCCAGGCCUCAUUCACUCCCCCUCUGCCCAGGCCUCAUCCACUCCCACUCUGCCCAGGCCUCCUCCACUCCCACUCUGCCCAGGCCUCAUCCACUCCCACUCUGCCCAGGCCUCAUUCACUCCCACUCUGCCCAGGCCUCAUCCACUCACUCCUACAAUAAUGGAGAGUGCAGUGACGAGCGGGACUGGCUGGCGGAGGCCGGGCUAUCAGAGGUGACGGAGCCUGCCUUCCUCUCGGGCAGGGAAGUCCCAGAGGCAGAGCUGACGAGGGCCCUCAGGCUACUGUCGCGCCAGCAGGCAGCGGCUGUCAGGAGGAGGGUCGACUCCCUCAACAAGACUGUCCGCCAGCGAGCGAGGGCCAGGCAGAGGGGUGACAUCAGGCAGCUCUUCAAGGAUGUUGAGAGUUGGAGCAAUGACUCUCGGUCGAGAAGCGCUACACCGGACUCGCUCGACUCCGGACCCCCAACUCCACCGAGUCCUCCUCGAGAACUGUACAAUCCUCAGCCGCAAUCAUUGCAGUUGAACAUCGACCAUCCGAGGCUCACACCGGGAGCAGUCAACCGCCAUGAAUCAAGGCAGAGAUUGGUGUCGCCUCAUACUCCAUUCUCUUCACACCAUUCUCUGUUCAGGAGGGCCAGCCGGUCUGGUGCGGACGGCAUUAGAAUGACAGGUUACCAGAGGAUCGGGAGUGUCCGUGUGAGGUUCGGCAGUGACCCGAUCAACAUCAGUAACAUCGGCCAAGACAAUCAGCACCCGGUGGUAUGUGUCACCCGUUCCGAUGAAGGCCUAUUUUCAGACAGCUCAAGAAGAGACAGCGGUGACAGCGCACACUCUGACACUCUCGGCUUUGAAGAAAUGUGGGCCGGGGAAAGGCUAUGUUCCAGUUUAAAUGAAAUGAAACGAGAUUGGGAAGAAGGGACAGGAAGGACUUGGGUGGACUUCUUAGCCGAGGAGGACCUCAAUACAUUGAAGCCUUUAGUCUUCCUCGAGUUCACUGCACUCAUGGACCACUCCGGUCUCAGGGUUGGCAAAACGAAGCCACCCAAAAGGAAACGUAAAGAAGAUGGCAACAUAUUUGGUGUAUCACUUUCAACUUUACUCGAAAGAGACAGGCAAAUAGUCCAAGAACCUCACAAUGUACCUCUAGUGCUGAGUGAGCUGGAACGCAGGUGCCUGUGGGAGGAGGGACUCCUGAGGAUGGGUGGGAACAGAACUCGCUGUGAAACGCUGGCAGCCGGGCUCGAGAGAGACUUCUACAGAAGACCAGAAGUCGCUGACCACCUCAUCUCGACGGCUGCUCCACACGAUCUGGCCUGUAUCAAUGAAUGCAGUAAGGCUCUGAACCUCCUUGUUCUGCUGCUUCCGACCGAGCACAGGGCGACCCUCCACGCUUUGCUCACAUUCCUUUCUAAUUUUAUCGUUGGAAUAAUGAUCCUUGCUUGCAGUAUCCUGGUCGAUAAGGCGGGCUUGAAGGCCGAGCUAGGGUUGGCGGUGCACUGCUGCUCGCUCACGGAGCUGCUCAUCACAGCCACUGAUCGCCUCUGGCUUGUUCCCGACAACUUGGUCGCUCAGCUCAGGUCUAUCAAUGAGAGUCACAAAGAGAACAAGCCGAAGCCUCGACUAUUGGCUCGGAAGGGUCAUGUGGCUUCAAGGAAGGCUGCAGGUGAGUCGGAAUUCGAAAGCAACAUCAUCCAUGUCGAUUCUCCGCAGUUCCUUGUCGCUCCAUUGCCAAUAUCUUUGGACAAACACAUCACAGCUGCUCAUGUCAUUCUCAGGUCAAAGAAGAUUAGAGCCAAGCGUGAAAUUAUGGGCCGUGUACCAGAACAAUCCAAGAGCCCAAUGGGUAAUACGCUGCGAUCACAGAAACGGAAGUCAGCGCCUUCUUCGUAGAUUAUGAUUUUUUUUCUUUUAAUACUAAUGUUUUCUUCUUACCUUAUCUACCAAUACUCUUUUUAAAUGUAGAUACCAGUCAUGCCUUAUUUUUCUUUUUAAAAAAAAUCUUUAUUUUAAAUUUGUGUUAUGAUUUUUUAUCAAGUAUUAAAUCUCUAAUACUUUGUAUUUCAUUAAUGUAUCUGAAUUCCUGAAUUUGUCAAUUAGAAAGUGAGCUGUAUAUCUUUUAAAGAGAUAUUUCAAGAUUGCAUUUUCUUUCUUUCUUUUUCUUUUUUCUUAGUGCGUAAAAUACUUAUUGUUUAACUAUUUUUAACAAUCAGGAGUGACUAACCAAUAUUUUAAAAAUAUUACUUAAAAUAUCAAUCUUUUAUGAGAUUCACAAACUAUUAUGUUCAAUAAAUUACUAUGAACAUUACCCUUCAUAUAAAUGUAAAACAAAGUGAUAAAAUUGCAUUUUUUAGUUUAGAAUACUUAGUUUUGAGGAUUUUGUAGAAGAGUACUUGUUACCCUAAAACAAUAAGAUCAUUUUGAUAUUUAUUUAAAAUAUGAAUAAUUAUAUUUCUGUUCAUAAAUGUAUUACAUCUAGUUAAUUUUUAUUGUUCUUAAUCAAAAUAUGUGUACAUAGAAUUGUAAAUGUUUGUAAAAAGUUAAUGGCAGAUGUUGUCUGUCAUAAAAAUAUUUUGUAAUUAAUAAGUACAUAAAUUCUUAGUGAAAUAAUAUCUGUAUUUAUUAUUUAAUUAAGAUUAUUGAAGUCUAAUUUAAAACCACUUUGAUUGAAACUUUUAAAAAUGUAUAUAAUUGAAGAAAAGUAUUUUGUUAUGUGCGUGAGCCACAGACGACAUUAAAAACUAAUUUUUUUUAAAAAUAAAUCUCUGUCCUAUCUUGUAGGAACUACUAUGUCUAUAUUAGCAGUGAAUCAAAUGAUGAAUAAAGGGAAGACAAUUUGAAUAUUUGAUUUGAGGCAAAUUUCAUCAUUUUAAUUAGUAUAAAAUACACAAGACAUCGUUUUAUGUAUUUACAUAUAUAAACAAUGGUAAAUGAAAUACAUAGUAACGAAUAGUAUUUCGAUCCAGAAAAAUUUUGAAUUUCAGUUUUUGUAGGCAAUACAUGUUUUGAGUUGAGGUCUCCUGAAUCUAAAUAAGAAAGUCUUACAAAUUGGUACGAGUGCCUACACAUGUGUAUGUAUGAAAACUAUCGAGCUCAAACACAAAAGGAUUUACAAAACCGAACUGCAAUGUUUUUGCUAAUACUGACUAAUCCAAAGUGACAUUUCGAUUUUAUACAUGUUUAUGAAGUUCUCAAAAUGGCUCUAAAAAUUUUUAAAUGAACUCAUAAAAUUAAAUAUUCCUUGAUAUUGGAUCUAACCUCAUUUAAUUAGUGAGAGGGCUUAUAUGCCGAAUUUCCGAAAUAGCAUACUAUUAAUUAUGUUCAUUUGAAAUAAUUUUCCGUCGUAACUUGUCAAUAGUAAUUAAGAAUGGAUAGAUAUAAACUAUGAAAUGAAAGCAACAAGAUUGGCCAAUGAGUGAGUGGUUUUAACAAAGUUCUUCUGUUUGGAUUUAAUGAAUGAAUGAUUUAAUGAAACGAGCAAUUUGUUACAUCAGUGUGUAAUUGAAUAAUCUUUAUAUCAACAAGGUCUAUAUAUAGACCACAUAUAUAUAGUUUUGCCAAAUACAACUGCUUAGUAACAAAUUUUAAAAUUUAUUUUUAUUAAAAUCAACAACUAAUAUGGCAUGACAACAGUAUAUACAAUUUAGGUAUUGUUUCUUAUGUAAUGGUUAGACCAGCCUCUUCUAAAGCUUUGUAACCUUAAAUAUGAAACUGACGUAAGCUGCUAACUGUAUAUUCUGUGGUUGGAGGUCAAAUUCCUUAGUAAACAAUAAAAUUAAUUUAUAAAACCAAUUUAUAAUUUAUAAAUAAAUACCACGUUCAAUAUCUUUUUUAGAUACAUUGAUCCUAUUCUUCAAAAUCAAGUUGCGUUAGAAGUCCAUAGCUUUAAAGUAAGGCUGUUCGAAAAAGAAAUUAAAUACCUUGGCCACAGAAUCAACACUAAUGGGAUUCAACCGUCUCAUGAAGGGAUUGCGGCUCUAAAUGAAAUAGCAUCUCCAAAGAAUAUUAAAGAACUGCGUUCUCGAUUAUGCUCUCUAAAUUACUAUUCAAGAUUUAUUCCAGAUUUGCAAGGGAGAUGUGCUCCUCUGCACAAAUUAUUACAAAAGUGGAAAUGGACAUUGGAGGAAGAACAAAUUAUUUCGAGCAUUAAAGAAAGUAUUACUGCAGAUAAAACAUUGGUACAUUAUGACAAGACAUUACUAUUAAUACUAUCUACUGACGUUUCAAAAAAGGGUAUAGGGGCUUUGUUACAACAUCAGGGUGGCUACCAAAUUGUCAGAGUAAAAUUCUCUGACUUUUCCCUGUUUAAUGAAAGUUUUCCCUGACCAAUAUGUCAAGAGACACAAAUGUUAAACUAUAUAUAGUUUAUAACUAAUUAAUUUAUUACUAUAUAUAUAUAUUCUAACUAUUAUAUAUAUAUAUAUAUUAUAACUAAUUAAUUUAUCAUACAUGAUUGAAAAUUGAAAGAUUGAGUAAAAAAAGUCUGUUCAGUCUUUUAAAAAACAAAUAUAAUGUUCAAGAGGAAGCAGUUUUUAAACAUGAUUAGGAUUUUUUUUUAUUUUUGAAAAUUGACCUUAAUUAAUUUAUUUUUGUCGCCUAUUUACUAAAUACUUUAAGCACUUUAUUUUCAUAAAGUAAGAAAAUGUAAAAGUUGAUACUUGAUGCUUUUAUCUAUUAUGAAAUAAACUGAGCUACGGC